AUGAAUGCCAAAAAGAACCCGGCUGCUGAAUUUGGUUAUGGAGCAGGGCAUUUAGAUCCAGUAAAUUCUGCAAAUCCAGGACUCGUAUAUGAAACCUUUAAAGACAACUACAUCAAAAUGUCAUGCAGCAUGGGGUACAAUAGCAGUAAGCUCAGAAAGAUGUUGGGUGAUAACAGUAACUGCCCAGAGGGACCUAAAGGAUCACCGAAGGAACUCAAUUACCCUUCAAUGACAGUUCAAGUAGAAGCAAAGAAGCCUUUCACAGCUAAAUUUCCAAGAACGGUUACAAAUGUAGGCUUUAAAAAUUCCACAUACAAAGCAAAAAUCAGCAAAGACGAUUUAGUCAAUGUCAGCGUGGAGCCUAGAAUUCUCUCCUUUAAUUCGCUAAAUGAGAAGAAAUCUUUUGUUGUGACCAUCAGUGGAGAAGGAUUGGAUGAUAGUAAGUCUGUAUCGGCUUCACUGGUGUGGUCUGAUGGCACCCAUAGAGUGCAAAGUCCUAUUGUUAUAUACACAUCAAUGUAUUUCAAUGCUUGA